CAAAAAUGUAAAUAAGUCUUUUUUUUGUCUUCUGAAUCUCGCGGCUUCGAUAGACUAUUCAGACUAAAUCGUCAGCGCCAGGUGAACAACCAUCUCUGGCAACCAUCAAUCACUUCCGGCGACUUCCGGCAACGCCAGACUCGGGGCAAUAGCUGCUGGAUUCAGGCUGAUUGCGCCAGGUUUGGGAGCUAAAUUUCACUGCCGACCAUUAUGAAUUACCUGCUUGGAGCUUUUAAGCCAUCGUGCAAUGUAUCAAUUGCAUUUUCAGAUGGAAAAACACGCAAGCAGGUUCCACUAAAGAAGGAAAAUGGUCAAACAGUUUUGGUUCCCCUCUUCCAAAGUCAAGAGAAUAUUACUGGGAAGAUAACAAUAGAUCCUCUACAAGGAAAAAAGGUUGAUCACAAUGGUGUUAAAAUUGAGCUUCUUGGUCAAAUCGAGAUGUAUUUUGAUAGAGGCAACUUUUACGACUUUACUUCUCUUGUUCGUGAAUUGGAUGUUCCGGGAGAAAUAUAUGAAAGGAAAACAUACCCAUUCGAAUUUUCUACAGUUGAAAUGCCUUAUGAGACAUAUAAUGGGGUGAAUGUGAGGCUGAGGUAUGUUCUCAAAGUUACCAUCAGUCGUGGGUAUGCUGGUAGCAUUGUGGAAUAUCAAGACUUUGUGGUUCGCAACUAUUCUCCACUUCCAUCGAUUAAUAACGGUAUCAAGAUGGAAGUCGGAAUUGAAGAUUGCCUACACAUCGAGUUUGAGUAUAACAAAAGCAAGUACCAUCUCAAAGAUGUUAUAAUUGGCAAGAUUUAUUUCCUGCUGGUGAGAAUUAAGAUAAAGAAUAUGGAUCUGGAGAUCAGGCGUCGAGAAUCAACAGGAUCUGGUGCUAACACUCAUGUUGAGACAGAGACACUAGCUAAAUAUGAGCUGAUGGAUGGAGCUCCAGUAAGAGGUGAAUCUAUUCCAGUCAGACUCUUUCUUAGUCCUUACGAGCUGACGCCUACGCAUCGUAACAUCAACAACAAAUUCAGUGUGAAGUAUUAUUUAAAUCUUGUUCUUGUUGAUGAAGAGGACAGACGCUAUUUCAAGCAGCAGGAGAUCACUAUAUAUAGGCUUCAAGAGACAACCUGAUUCCUCAUCUCCAAAUACUGUUAGAUAAAGUCGGUUUUGGACAGUUGAUCAACUACUUGGGGCGCUUUUGUAAAGCUUUUUAUUCUGGAGAAUAUCUAUUUCUUGUCCAAGCAAAAUGUUUAGCUGCUUGCUUAGGCAUGAAAUGUCGGUGAGAUCAUUUCUUUUGGUUGCUGGUAUGUCUAAUGUGUUGAUUGUAGGAACACGGUUAACAAACUGUUGCACAUUUCGUCAAGAGCAACAAGAUCUGAUUUUCGGUGUGGUUAAUUGUAGAUUAUAUUUUGUUAUUGUGAAAUAAAUAUUUUCUUCUAAA